UUCACUUUUAAAUCCAUCCUCUCGACGAAACCAUAACCAUGGCCACCGAAACCUCUUCUCAAGAAAUCCAACGUUCGCCCGGUCGGUCGCUCACCAAAGACCAUCAUCCUCUCCGGCCACCUUCAAACCAAAUCCGACGAAAUGCCUAAACUAUUCUGAGUAAACUAAAACCUCUGUUUCUAUUCUAACAGACCCUAAACAACUCUAAAGCUUCUACCUUCUCCACUUUGAUGACUAAAACACGACACCGACAAGUCUAAGGUAAACACUCUCUUCGCUUUCUAUUUUCUCACAAACGACCGAGAUUCCAACAGCCCUAGAACUGAGAAUUCUGGCCAUUGAACGAUGGCCGAUCGACCUUCAGUCACCACCAAACGAAAAACCACAAUCCUAAGUGACCAGACCCUAACAUAACCUCUCUAAAACUCUCCAAACCGACGCCUCCUUCAAAACCCAGCAGAACCAAAACCGGCGAUGCCUUGGCCACCAAUCAUCGGUAGCCAUCCUCACUUCUGCCGACCCCAACUAAGACCGAGAUAGCCCCGAAAAAACCCGAAGCAGAUUGAGUAAGCCCCCCUUCUAUUCUAACUCCUCGACCAAAACCUAAGGUCACUCAAAACUCCCUACACGUUGGCCGAUUUCUGGCCAAAAAUCGACUCCACUCUCCCUUAUGCACAUCUAUGAUGGCCUAAGAACAGAACCUAGAGGUAAACCACUUUCCUUUCGUUUUUCGUUUUUAAGUUGAGUUCUCUGGUAUUUUUUAGUGGUUGUAGUUCGAUUCUAUAAAAACUCAUUUUUCCUUUUUUUCUUUUUCUAUUUGGUUGCCUUCUAUUCUUCCACCGACACUGCCAAGAGUCUUUACGGACGAAGACUCCGACGACAGGACUAGCGGGGCUGCUCGGCUGCAUUAAAUUAGAUUUUGGUGUCUGCAAUCUUGGCGCCUCUUUGCUUUGUGCUAUUUUCAGGCCUAAUAGCCUUGCGCAUUUCCUUGAAAAUCCUCAGAAAUUAUCUCAAUAGGAGAGAUGACUACGACUGGUACGAGAAAUUUUAAGGAAAAACGGAUUUCAAAGAGGCGGCAACUGAGUAGACAUGAGCCCAAUUGGUCGGAUCUCCCCCUCGACAUCCUUGAACGUAUAAUUGGACGUUUGCGUUGGGUAGAUCAAAGCCGGAUACCAGCAGUUUGCAAGGCUUGGUCAGUCCCAAACACUUGUAUUCCUGCUAUUGGUGAACUCCCCUGGGCAAUGAAAUUUUGUUGGCGUUAUGCCCCUUUGUAUCUAAUACAAGGUGAGUGCCGGCUGCUGGACCCCCUUUCCAGAGAGUACCUUGUCGAAGAAAGGAGCAGAGGACUAGAGUAUCUACUUUUCCGUAAGGCACGACCUGUGCUUCUUUAUAUGGGUGGGUUCUUUUCAAAGUGUACGGCUUUAUUGCAGAAAGAAAAGAGUCCCUCUUUUUGUACUCUCCGUUAACAACUGAGGUAAUUAGGCUUCCGUAUUUAGGGGGACCUCCCACAUUUCAGGGGGCGACGUUUGCCUUGAAUGCAACAUCCCCAAAAUGUACCAUCUUUCUUUUGUGGAGUGAAAAUGGAAAAUUUUGUAUUAUGUUCUGCCGGUGAUUGUUCAUGGAAGACUUUUGAGUUUGAUGGUUUUGAUCGGUUUAACCGUGACCGACCCCUAGAGCCGACCAACAUCCACGAUGGCCAAAACAGACCCAAAACCAGCCAGAAGAAUCUCCCUGACAGCCCCUCUACCUCCGACGAAACACGACAGUCAAGAUAAGUUCUUCAUCUUUCCUUUUUAUUAGCAUACAUUCGAAUGACAAAACCCAGCAUGCAUGCCCAGAAUGAAAAAUAGAACGGCAGUGGCUAAAUACCUUUGAGUUUGGAAUUUUUCGGUUCCUUUUUUGAUUCCAGAAGAAUUGUUGUUUUACAUUGUUUUUGUUUGGGUUUUAUACCCGUUUUACAGUAGAUAUUAGCCUUAAAAAAAUUAAAAUCCUGACAUGGCUUUGUCUUUUGGUGAUGGAGUGGCUGCUGUAGCGGCUUGGUGGCGUGCGUGACAGCAGCUGGGGCUUGACAGCAGCUGAGCAGGCAGGGCAUGGUGAGCUUCAACCGGGAUGGUGUGCAGCAGGAUAAUACCAGCGGCAGAAAGCUCUUCGACAACGAAGAGAGCUCUAAAUAACUCGAAAGUACCAGAGUUAAGGGAGGUUCAGGAAUACGAGGAUGGAAUGAAGACUUGGUUUCUUUGUAUUUUGUUAUUCCAAUUGAGAAAGGUCAAUUGCCUUGACGAUUGAUCUGCUUGCAGUUUCAUUCUCCUCAACUCUGUUUGCUACUUGUGUUGAAACGAGAUCUUCGGUCUUCGUACUUUCUUUUCGGCUAUUCAUAUCGGCUUCCUUCCUUAGAUACUCAAGGUUCAUCAAUGCUGCUUGCUCUGCAGCCCUUGCUGUGUAGAUCAUAACAGCAGAUUCAUCACUAACUUCAUUACUCUCCAUUUCAUGCUUAAGCUUUGUUUUUCAAUCAUGGAUUAUGAUUAUGAAAAUGAUUUGAAUAACCUUGUGUUAUUUAUCCAGUGCACAUCUCUCUGCUGCAGCAGUGGGGAACAAGUCUAUUAGCAAAUAACAUAUUUUACGCCAGCACAUCUCCAAGUAGGUCGCGACUCUACCGUAAAUGUGUUGAGGCAGCACAGUACAACAUGACUUUUGGUUAGAUCAAUUGUGUUUUCUGCCGAAAGUAAUUAUUGCUGGAACAUCAUAUGUUUUGAUGAAUGGACUAGCGGGGCUGCUCGGCUGCAUUAAAUUAGAUUUUGGUGUCUGCAAUCUUGGCGCCUCUUUGCUUUGUGCUAUUUUCAGGCCUAAUAGCCUUGCGCAUUUCCUUGAAAAUCCUCAGAAAUUAUCUCAAUAGGAGAGAUGACUACGACUGGUACGAGAAAUUUUAAGGAAAAACGGAUUUCAAAGAGGCGGCAACUGAGUAGACAUGAGCCCAAUUGGUCGGAUCUCCCCCUCGACAUCCUUGAACGUAUAAUUGGACGUUUGCGUUGGGUAGAUCAAAGCCGGAUACCAGCAGUUUGCAAGGCUUGGUCAGUCCCAAACACUUGUAUUCCUGCUAUUGGUGAACUCCCCUGGGCAAUGAAAUUUUGUUGGCGUUAUGCCCCUUUGUAUCUAAUACAAGGUGAGUGCCGGCUGCUGGACCCCCUUUCCAGAGAGUACCUUGUCGAAGAAAGGAGCAGAGGACUAGAGUAUCUACUUUUCCGUAAGGCACGACCUGUGCUUCUUUAUAUGGGUGGGUUCUUUUCAAAGUGUACGGCUUUAUUGCAGAAAGAAAAGAGUCCCUCUUUUUGUACUCUCCGUUAACAACUGAGGUAAUUAGGCUUCCGUAUUUAGGGGGACCUCCCACAUUUCAGGGGGCGACGUUUGCCUUGAAUGCAACAUCCCCAAAAUGUACCAUCUUUCUUUUGUGGAGUGAAAAUGGAAAAUUUUGUAUUAUGUUCUGCCGGUGAUUGUUCAUGGAAGACUUUUGAGUUUGAUGGUUUUGAUCGGUUUAACCGUGACCGACCCCUAGAGCCGACCAACAUCCACGAUGGCCAAAACAGACCCAAAACCAGCCAGAAGAAUCUCCCUGACAGCCCCUCUACCUCCGACGAAACACGACAGUCAAGAUAAGUUCUUCAUCUUUCCUUUUUAUUAGCAUACAUUCGAAUGACAAAACCCAGCAUGCAUGCCCAGAAUGAAAAAUAGAACGGCAGUGGCUAAAUACCUUUGAGUUUGGAAUUUUUCGGUUCCUUUUUUUAUUCCAGAAGAAUUGUCGUUUUACAUUGUUUUUGUUUGGGUUUUAUAUCCGUUUUACAGUAGAUAUUAGCCUUAAAAAAUUAAAAUCCUGACGUGGCUUUGUCUUUUGGUGAUGGAGUGGCUGCUGUAGCGGCUUGGUGGCGUGCGUGGCAGCAGCUGGGGCUUGACAGCAGCUGAGCAGGCAGGGCAUGGUGAGCUUCAACCGGGAUGGUGUGCAGCAGGGUGUUUCAUGGGUAGGGCGAUUUCAAUACUCAAUGAGCCUUAAUCGGCGGUUCGCUUCGGUGCCGGUCCACCAUUCAUACCUCUAAUCCAAAGCUCCCAACACAAAGUUUAGCUUUCCAGAAGCAGCCCCUUUUACAGCCAUCUUGAAAUUCAGAGUACCUCCCCAAAAUCAUCAAUGGCCUAGCGGGGCUGCUCGGCUGCAUUAAAUUGGAUUUUGGUGUCUGCAAUCUUGGCGCCUCUUUGCUUUGUGCUAUUUUCUCUCUUCAAAAAGAGGGGCAAAACAAUUUCAGUUGUAUAAGUUUGGAUGGGUGAUGUCUGCACAAGUCAUCCAACACGUUUAAACUGUAUCUCAAGUCUGGUUUGUUGUCUAGUUAAAGUCAAACGCAUAAAAAACCAUAGCCCAUUGAAACCCAAAGAAUCAUCCAACAAAUUAGGACAGUUGUCAAGAGAAGAACCCCUUGCAAUCAGUCCGGCUCCAGCCGCCGUUCCUGCCUUUCACUGAUUAGCCUCAUCUUCCUAUUAGUCUUGCUCAUUUCCUUGAAAAUCCUCAGAAAUUAUCUCAAUAGGAGAGAUGACUACGACUGGUACGAGAAAUUUUAAGGAAAAACGGAUUUCAAAGAGGCGGUGACUGAGUAGACAUGGGCCCAAUUGGUCGGAUCUCCCCCUCGACAUCCUUGAACGUAUAAUUGGACGUUUGCGUUGGUUAGAUCGAAGCCGGAUACGAGCAGUUUGCAAGGCUUGGUCAGUCCCAAACACUUGUAGUCCUGCUAUUGGUGAACUCCCCUGGGCAAUGAAAUUUUGUUGGCGUUAUGCCUCUUUGUAUCUAAUACAAGGUGAGUGCCGGCUGCUGGACCCUCUUUCAAGAGAGUACCUUGUCGAAGAAAGGAGCAGAGGACUAGAGUAUCUACUUUUCCUUGAUGCACGACCUUGUGCUUCUUUAUAUGGGUGGGUUCUUUUCAAAGUGUACGGCUUUAUUGAAGAAAAAAAAGAGUCCCUCUUUUUGUACUCUCCGUUAACAACUGAGGUAAUUAGGCUUCCCUAUUUAGGGGGACCUCCCACAUUUCAGGUGGCGACGUUUGCCUUGAAUGCAACAUCCCCAAAAUGUACCAUCUUUCUUUUGUGGAGUGAAAAUGGAAAAAUUUGUAUUAAGUUAUGUUCUGCCGGUGAUUGUUCAUGGAAGACUUUUGAGUUUGAUGGUUUUGAUCGGUUUAAUCGUGCUAAUGAUGCUGCCUACACCAACGGAGUUUUCUAUUGUGUUUUUAGAGAAGGUCAAUUGGGUGCCUUCAAUGUUGAACUUAAAGGGUGGACUAUUCUGGUUGAUCAUUGUCCACUCGUUGAUCAUUGUCCACUCUCACGAAGUAGUGUGCAUUAUGCUAAACUCAUUGUGUCUGGUGCAGAUCUGCAACUGUUGUCUGAUAGCUCAUCUUUGGAACUCCUUAAGCUUGAUUUUGCAAAGAUGGAUUGGGUUUAUGAAAAUGAUUUGAAUAACCGGGUGUUGUUUAUCGGGUGCACUUCUUUCUCUGUUCCAGCAGUGGGGGAAGCAAAUGUAUUAGCGAAUACCAUAUUCGCUUCUGGUACUUUGAUGCACCCCAAAGUUAGAUUUUAUGGCAGCACAUCUCCAAGGCAGUCGAGACUCUACCGUAAGUGUGUUGAGGCAGCAAAGUGCGACAGGAUUUGGAUUGAACUUCCGUUGGGUGGUAUUUGGAGAGCCGAUGAUUUGAUUCAUGCUGUCUAGUUGAAUGCUGCAAUGCAAACCAACCAUCAACAGCAUUUUUAUUUAUGUUUAGAUCAAUUAAUUAUUCCUGGAACAUCAUAUGUUUUCAUGAAUGGAGUGUCAAUUUUAGCAAG